AUGCAGCUGCCCGCAGACCCGCCGCAGCAGCAGCAGCAGCAGCAGCGAGAGCAGGGGGGAGACGAGGGAGAGGCUCAGCUGCCGCAGCAGCAGCAGGGAGAAGAUGGGGAGACAACUGAGCAGCAGCAGCAGCAGCAUGAAGCAGACGGAGGGGCGACGCAGCAGCAGCAGCAGCAGCAGGUGCGGGCGCUGUGCAGCAGCUGCAGCGCGAGUGCUGCUGCGCAGCAGCUGCCGCGGGAGCGCGUGGAAAGCAGCAUGCAGUUUCUGGGUCUCGUGCUGCUGUCGAAUGAACUUCGAGCUGAUGCAAAAGAAACAAUUUCUCUUUUAAAAGGAGGAAAAGUUCGCCCCGUUAUCAUCACAGGAGACUCCAUCUUCACUGCUGCUGCUGUUGCUCUCCGCUGCGGCAUGCUCUCGCCCGCGCCCCACGACUCAGCAGCAGCAGCAGCAGCAGCAGCAGGCUCAGCAGCAGCAGCAGCAGCAGCAGCAGCAGCAGCGGACGACGUGUCCCCGGCAUCGUGUGAGGCCCCGGGCAGCUGGCUGGAGGGGGAGUUGGGGGGGGGCCCCCGGGGGCCCCCUUUGCUGCUGCUUGGGCAAAGGGCCCCCGAGGGGCAGCAGCAGGAAGUGGUUUGGAAAGAGCUGCUGUCGGGGCGCGAAGUGCCGCAGGCGGAGGUUUUGGGGUGUCCGGAGCGGUGGCCGGAGCUGGCGGUGACGGAAGAGACAUUCGACAUUCUGAGGAGUCAGCCCCUGCUUUCACUGCAGCAGCAGCAGCAGCAGCAGCAGCAGGUGAGUAAGGAGGAGCAGCAGGAGCAGCAGGAAGAGGCAGAGACUGAGGCUGAGGGGGCCCCCUUGGUGCCCCGCAAAAGCUGCUGCAAAGAGCUGCAGCAGCAAAACUUCAAGGGAGCAGCAGCGGCAGCAGCAGCAAAUGCAGGGGACUCUGUGCUGGAUGCGCUUUUAAUGCGCAUUCGCAUUUUCGCCAGGACAACUCCGAAGGGCAAAAGCCGAGUGGUCCACUCGCUGAUGACCACUGGUCACUUCGUGCUCAUGUGCGGCGACGGCGCCAACGACUCUGCGGCCCUCCGCACCGCCCACGUUGGCCUCGCCCUCUCUCGCUCGGCUGCUUCCAUCGCUGCUCCAUUCACCUCAACUUCCAUGAGGCCCUCAGCCGUCAUUAGUCUCCUAAAGGAAGGCCGCUGCAGCCUGGCCACUUCUCUUGCUGCUUACAAGUUCAUGGUGCUGUACGGUUUGCUGCUGUCGCUGGCCAAAGUUGUGCUGCUGGUUGCUGCUGGAGGCGCAUGCAUGAGCCAGGCUCUUUACCUCACUGUCGACGUGGGCGUUUUGCUGGGCAUCAGCAACCUCAUGGUUUUGGCCCGGCCCAAGGCCUACUUGAGGGUGCGGUCCCCGACUUCUAGCUUGCUAGGCCCCACAACUAUCACUUCGUUGUGUCUCAUGUUGGCCAUCGAUGCCUUUUUCUUGGUGACGCUUUACGCGAGGCUGCUGCAGAUGG